AGUAGAAUGUCAAAGACCAAAAGAGAAAGAAAAAAAAAAAGCAUAGCAACAACAGAGUUUGCUGUCUUCACUACUCCCAGCUUAGGCCAACCUGGACUCCUCCAACCCGAAUGAGGUGGCCCCCACGUUUUAUAUGAAGGCUCUGAUUUACCACACAGCAGUGAUCCAUCUGGUAACAUGGCAAUCCAGUACAGACUGGAGGAGAAAACUGAGCAACAGAGCUAAAAUACAGUGUAUUCCCAGGUAAAACAGACGUGUGCUUCCAUCUGAAAUGGAUUACUCUGGCCAGUUUCAGUUAAAGAUCAACAGGAACAGUCCUCAGUGACAGGAACAGCAUCUGUGAGCAGUGUAGUCUGUCACCACUGGUGGCAGCAGUUGGGAAUAACAGGGCUCCCUGCCAAGUGUGAAGCCAUAGCCACACAGGGUUUGUCACUAGCUCAGGGUCCCUUGGCCAGGCAAUGUGGGGCAGAUGCUUCUGUGAUGUGCAGUGAAGUCUCCCUUUGUGCUUUUCUGGAGGAAGAAACUAUAAUCGUCUGUGUUCUUGUUUACAGGACCCAAAUUGUGGAAACAGGAUGAAACUGACCAGCGAGAAGUUGCCCAAAAACCCCUUCUCUCUAUCUCAGUAUGCUGCUAAACAACAAAAAUUUUUCCAAUGGAAGAAGGAAAAGCCUGAUUAUUACCGCCAUGCUAAUUUGGUGGACACAGCAUUGCAAUUCCUGAAAGAAAGAAUAAGAAGAGGGGAUGCUAUGGCGUAUUUCCUAAGAGGCCAGCUCUACUUUGAAGAGGGCUGGUAUCAAGAAGCCUUAGCACAGUUUGAGGAAAUCCAGGAAAAAGACCAUCAAGCAAUUUAUCAGCUAGGAGUGAUGUAUUAUGAUGGGCUGGGGACCACUGCAAAUGCUGAAAAAGGAGUGAACUAUAUGAAGAAAAUCCUUGAUUCUCCAUGCCCCCAGACGAUACACUUGAAAUUCGCUGCUGCUUACAACCUCGGGAGAGCUUAUUUUGAAGGAAAAGGUGUGAAGCAAUCGGACGAGGAAGCGGAGAGACUGUGGCUGUUUGCUGCCGACAAUGGAAACCCAAAAGCUAGUGUGAAGGCGCAAAGUAUUCUGGGAUUGUUCUAUUCAAUGAAAGAGCCCAAAGACUUAGAAAAGGCAUUCUUCUGGCACUCGGAAGCUUGUGGCAAUGGGAAUCUGGAGUCCCAGGGUGCACUUGGUCUCAUGUACUUCUACGGACAGGGAAUCCGGCAGGACACCGAUGCCGCCCUGCACUGCUUACGGGAAGCGGCUGAGCGAGGGAACGUCUACGCCCAGGGGACGCUGGUGGAGUACUACUACAAGAUGAAGUUUUUUACCAAGUGUGUUUCGUUUUCCAAAAGGAUAGCAGACUAUGAUGAGGUUCACGACAUCCCCAUGAUAGCCCAUGUCACGGACUGCCUCCCAGAGUUCAUAGGCAAAGGCAUGGCCAUGGCGUCUUUCUACUACGCGCGGUGUCUCCAGCUCGGCUUGGGCAUUACGAAAGACGAAGCAUCUGCCAAGCACUAUUAUUCUAAAGCUUGCCGUCUGAACCCCACACUGGCAGAUGAACUUCACUCCUUACUUAUUCACCAGAGAAUUUAGACCUCAAAGCAUUUCAACAAAGACCAUCAGUUCUAAUUUGAAACAGUGUGUGUGUCCUGCAGCAGCUACAUCUAUAUCCCCGUUUUAUUGUCCAGGGUAUUUUACAGAAAUUUUAGUUUUGUUCUUAUAUUUGUAUUCUGUAAUUUUUACAAACUAAAAUUUAGACACCAAUCAAAUUGCUGGGAAGAGUAUUCAGAGACAACCUCUGAAUCUGCAGCGUGGCCUGGACUGCCCUGAGCUUGAAAGCAUGCCAAGAGCAAAUACCUCUUUGUCUUAUUAAAUGCAGUGUCUGUAACUAUUUAGUCAGAUUGAGUUUUGUG